UUUGUAGAGAAUAGAGAAAAAGUAGAUAGAACAAAGGGCUGAGAAGGAGGAGGAGGAGAAGGCAUCAUCCACCGGAGGCGGCGACGGCGGCGACGAUGACGACGGUGGCGAAGAAGAAGAAAAAGGGCCGUCCUUCUCUCAUAGAUCUACAAAAACGGUUUCUCAGAGAACAACAACAACAAAAAGAAGAAGAGCUACAUCUACAGAGACAAAAACCUAACUCUAACCCUAGCCAACGAUCUUCUCGCCGGACCUCUAACACUGACUCGCCGGAAUUUAUUGCCGGUGACGACGACGACGACGAGCGUAAGGAGAAGAAGCAUAAGCUGGUACUCGGCCUUAACUCGAAUUCCGAUUGCUACAACCAGCCGCUAAAUUCGAAUGCGGAUGAUGAGGAUGAUCUCAAUGUUGAUUCCAAGAGGCGUAGAUCUAAUCCAAUGGAUGAUGAUGUUUUGAAAGCGACAGGCAAUAGCAUACAUGGGUUGCAGGUGGAGUCCGGUCCCACGACACCUUUGCCAGACAAAAAGUUGUUGGUGUUCAUCCUUGACAGGCUUCAAAAAAAGGACACUUAUGGGGUAUUCUCUGAGCCUGUGGAUCCGGAAGAGCUUCCUGAUUAUCAUGAAAUCAUUGACAACCCAAUGGACUUUGCAACUGUGAGGCAGAAACUUGAUGCUGGACUUUAUACUUAUUUGGAACUGUUCGAGAAAGACGUCUUUCUAAUAUGUUCAAAUGCAAUGGAGUAUAAUUCAUCUGAUACAAUAUACUUUCGACAGGCAAGAUCUAUCCAAGAGCUUGCACGAAAGGACUUUGAGAAUCUGAAGCAAGAGAGCGAUGAAUCUGAACCGCAGCCAAAAAUCGUGAGGAGAGGCAGGCCACCGGGCAAAAAACAUAAAAAGUCAAUCGACAGUUAUGUUGAAAAUAUUGCUCCUGAAUUGAUUUUAGAUACAACAGCUCCUUCAGUAGGGGAGAAUACCAAUGGGUCCAGUGCUUACAAUUUAAGAAAAGGCCCACAUUUUAACAAAUUAUAUUCUGCUGAGGCUUUCCAUGGGUCUUUGAGUGGUGAGACAUGUAAUAACUUGGUGUACGACUGGGAGAACGAAUUUCCAGCUUCGGUAUUGAAAAGUGUGGCAAAGUAUGGAAAGAAACAUUUUGCAGUUGAUGAGAAUAAGCGAGAUACUUAUAGUUUUCCUUUGGCUUCUGCUAGUGGGCCAUUUACCUUGGCUGCCCCUGAAGGAGAACAAAAGCAAUUAGUUGAGGUAGAGGAUGCUUACAUAGGGCGUAGUUAUGCAAGAAGCUUAGCUCAAUUUGCGGCAGAUCUCGGGCCUGUUGCUUGGAAGAUUGCUUUAAAGAAAAUUGAAGCUAUUAUUCCUCUUGAAGUCAAGUUCAGUCCUGGAUGGAACACAGCAUCAGAUGCCGAAAGAUCUUUAUACUGUGAGAAGUGGUUGCUAAAUCGUGAGGCUGGUGACCUUACAAGUAGGCCUUCUCUACCUCAAACUAUUUCUGGCUCAAAUUCAAUUGCUGCAGAAGGGUGCUUUCCGCGAGGUGAUUUGACUAUAAACACCCAAAGUGAAUUGACUUCACUCAACUCUAACUGUGGCAGGAUGAGACCAGCGGCUACUUAUUUUCAGCUUGACCAGAAUUCGUCAAGUCAAUUUCUCAUCAACGGUUCAAAUUACGGGGCUGUCUUGUACACUCCGCAAACAGGGAUGUUAAGAACCCCCACAGAAAUGGGGAGUUUAACUCCGCUGAAAACUUCAGAAGCUUCUCAGAUUCUUGGCACGGCCUCAACUAGCGACACUGCUAUCAGUCCAACGUUUAUAACCGGUAACAAUUCAAAUGAAGCCAAUUUUAGAGCAGCUGAAUUGGGAUUUGCAGGGUAUGCAUCUUUCCAGGGGUUGUCAAGGCACCAAAAUCAGAAUUCUCAUCCUUUUUCGACCGAGCUGAAUUUCGGUUUUGGUGUGCCAAGUUCAUCUAGUUCAGUUGCGCAGGUUGGUUUACACCAACAACCAGAUUUAGCUUUGCAACUAAGGAUGGGACGCGAGUAAAUCCUUUUUAGCUUGAGCUUUUCCGAGUAGAAAAAUAGUACUUAGUUUUAUCAUUCUUUUUAUUUCAUCUUGUAGUGUAAAAAGAGGAAUUAGAAGAAGAAAUUAUCGAACAAUGAUGAUAUUUGCAAGUGUAGUAAAAAAAAAAUUGUAUUUGUACAGAUUAGAUUAA